AUAAACACUUCAACUAAUUUAAAAAAUUUAUUUAUGACUCAUUGAAAAUGCACAUAUCUGUGAUUAUCAAGAAACCACUUAUGAUCAAUUUAAACUUAGUACUGCUAACGUUCACGAUAUAAACUUAUUGAAGUCUAAUAUUUAAUUCUUAAAAUGGAAGAUUUUAUUUGGCAUAUAAUGGUGUGGGAAUUCAAACAAUACAAUUCUGCUGCAAAUACAGCUAAAAAGAUUUGUAGUUUAUAUGGUAAAGAUGUAAUAACAGAAACAGCAGUGCAAAGAUGGUUCGUAAAAUUUCAUUCUGAAAGCAAGAGUUUGAAGGAUAAAUUAUGGUCUGGACGUUACUCUGAUUUUGAUAAAAGAGCUUUACAAAUAUUAAUGUGUAAAAAUCCAUGCUUAACAACGCAAGAGUUAGAAAAUAGAUUAGAAUUUUUAUAUUUGACUGUCAACAAAAAAAUAGACAAAUUUACAAAGAGUGGAGAAGUAAACGAGAGGACACAUCUUUUAGUCGAUCCUGUUAGUAAUAAUACAAACAUACCAAGAGUACACAGUGAUGAUUAUGUUAAUCAAUAUGCAAAUUCUGAACCUAAGAAGACAGAUGAACAAAGUGCAUUGAACAGAAUUCUGCACGAAACGGCAGCAAAUGUAAUAGAUAUCGGCGCAUUGGAUUCACAUAAUUUAGAGCAACAUGAAUAUAUGGAUAGGUCACGAGCUUAUGCAAAACGUAUAGAAGCAGGAGGUUUCAAGGUCCCAGAUAAUACUGUAUGUCUCCUUAAAGAUAUUCCUGCACCAGAACGAAUACUCGCAUCUAACCCACUUGCUGCUGGAGAUCAUGAACUUAUCACUGGUAUGCUUAAGAAUGCAGUAGUUGCAUUAAAUGAUAUUAAAGUAGAACAUAAGGAAGAUUUGGUAGUACCUUUCUUAUCGUGAUCCUAUAGUAAUUCCAUCGACAGGAUACAACAUCACCCUGUCUAAAUGGAAUUAUUAUGUCCGGAAACACAGAAUAUGUAUCUUAUCAAAACGAGCUCACGAUAACUUGAUUUGAGUCUGAAAUAACGUUAGAGCUUAUUCAAAAAUGAAUAUGAAAUAAAUAUUAAGCUCAAUGGUGUAUUAUAUUAAGUUCGAAUGAUAGGUCUGCUCUCAUAUUUAAAAAAUAUACCUAAAAUUAAGCUUGAGAAAUUUUUCAACAUGUAACAUAUUAGUUAUUGAAUGAAAAAAAAAAAAAAAAGAGAAAAAAAAAUUGUUUUUUCCUUUAAAUUUGUUUGUAAGAUUAAUUAUCGAUUUGAUAAUAUUUUUUGUAUAGCUUAUUUAUAAUCUCGCGUGUGUUAAAAUGAUUUGUUGUUAUAGGACUUUUAUUGUUUUUCGAUCUCGUUUGUUCCUUGCUAAAUUUUUUCAACACUUUUCAUUCUGUGAUUCUACAAAAGACUAAGAGAAAUCUUUUAUGAAAGAUUUCUUACGGUUAACAGUUGAAAAUGUUGUUAAUAAAUGUGCGUUUUUAACGAGAUCGAAAAGGCAGGGAUUUAUAUUAAGAGAAAAGACAAGGUAUGCACUAUUUUAUCGUGGCUUCAAACCCCAAUCUUAAAAACGAAAUGAUAAAAAUUCAACUACAUAAAAACAUCAUUAAAAUAUGUUUUAACACAUUAAUUACUUAUGAAAUACAUUAUCAGACCAUUACGAAAAAAUGUUAUUAUUAUAUAUAUAUAUAUAUAUCUACAUAAAUACAUGUAUAUAUAUAUAUAAUAUAUAUUUUGAUCUUAUACACGAAAAAGUGUACGAAAGCGAUCGAACGCACUUUUAAAAGAGAAACAGGAUCCUAUAGAUAAUAAUGAAAUAAAUGUUAAAAAUCUGUUUUAUUGAAAUAGUUGUACAAACGUUUUGUAAACACGAUUGUGAAUAUCAGUCACGAAGCUAAGAAUAAAUCUUAUAUAUAUAUUCGCCUAAUA